AGGCCAGUCUAGCAGACACAUAAACACGAUUCGGCUCGUGAGUGCACGUUUUGCCGACGAAAUGCCGAUCGGCGGUCGCGAGUGAAGCCCCCGAAGGCCCCCGGCCAAGGCCCCCCGACGGCUGCUCGGACACCCGCCUGUGAUUUGCGGACGUUCAAGUCUCCUCGCCAAAAUGGAGGUGCACGCCGCCGGUCUCGACUGGAUGAACGAAUUCGUGCGUCGUCCCAGCCGCCGCCACUACGCCCGCGCCCCCCAACCCCCUCAGGUGGCUGAGGCGCCGCGCAAGAACUGCAAACUCAACCGUUCCUGGACCAUUUCAAAUCCGCAGUCGAGUCCCGAGCAAACGCCGGUUCUUUCGAGGAACAGCCCUGCCUACAGCAGCCUGCCGAGGUCCACGGUCCGACCUGCCAUCACCUUCACACCUGACAGGCAAACCGCAGAAGCACCUGAUUCCGUCAGUCAACCUCUAGACUUGUCGCCAGAAAUUAUUCUGCAGCAAAAAGAAAAAGAAGGAGAAGAAACAACAGUCGAGUCUUCAAAGGAAACUGUGCCUACUGCAAUCUCGGUGCCUAAUUCGCCAGGGCCAAGUCCCACAGCCGGCCGCAAGACUGCUGAUUCCGAACCACUUGAUCUCAAGAAAAUUCUCAACCAGCAUGGCUGUAAGAGUGCGCCUCAAAGCCCUCGUCUGGAGCUGAGUCGAAGGCACAUGGGCUGUAGUGAGGACGAAGGUGCGGCCGGUAGUCCCGCGCCGAGUCCGGCAGCCGUGCUGCUCAUGGACUACGCGCUGGACGGCAGCAAAAUGCAACCUGACUCGGACGACUACAAGCUCGUCUUCAUCAGUUCCGACUCAAGCUCCAAAGAGUCCAAUUCGGACAUUGAGUUUGCGCUGGAGGACUGCGACUGGGACUACUUCGAGUCGACCGCACAGAGGGAGAAAAUGGCAACACCGACAGCCUCGGCCGCCACCCCCAAGAGGGAGGAACCACCCUCGCUCACCAGCACGGCGCUGCUCGGAGGCUCAUUCGGCGAGAUGUACGAGCGACCGGCAGCCGCCCUGGAUCGACAGUGGUCGCUUCCGGAACUGAUGCGCUUGCAGAGCAGAGCGACACCGAGUCAUUCGUGCGAAAACUGCGGAUUUGAGCUUUUGCACGGGCUGAGCACCAACUUCGUUCCGAUUCCGUACCCAGUGCCCGUGCCGAUCGCGGUGCCGGUGCCGUUCUCGGGGUCGGAGGCCGACUUCCUGGAGGCCCUGCGCGUCAAACUGCGGCCGCCGAUGGUGCCGCCCUACCUGCACCAGUGGUACCAGAAUUUGCUGCGCGAUUCCUGGCAAGAGAAGCAGCAGAGCGACCUGCGACCCGUCGCCGUCAUGACGCCGUCCUUAUCACCCGCCGUUGAUAAGCAGACGGACGCGGGCGUCCAGUGCGACAUCAGUGAGAUGCAGACGAGACAGACGCCCAGAGACCUGCACGACUCGGAGGACGCCCAGUCCGAACACUCGUCCUCCGAAGAAGAAGAAGAGGUUUCGGACGAUGAGGAGGGACAGUUUUCGACCGUUUUUGUUGUCAACGCGUCUGACUCCGAGUCGGUCGAGGAUGAGGAAGAAGAGGAGGAAUCGGAAGUUCCAGAUGGGCAGGUGGACGAACUGAUCGUCCCGACCGUCCAGUUAAAGAGCGUCCGACAGCUGGACACGGGGGAUGAUGACGAGGAGUACCACGUCUCCCCGCGCCGACUGUCAUGUGAUGAUGAGGUGUGUGCAGAAGAUAAGCCUAAUGAUAAGGAGGAAUCGAUUGAAAACACAGAGUCAGAGAUAAUGGCAAGUUUGAAGGCGGUGGAGGAGAAGUUGGAGUUGCUCGCCGGGCAAUUAUGUGAGGAGAUUGAAGAUGUCCCGGAAAAUUUGCAACAAGUUGAAAUUGAAUGUGAUGAAAGUGUUGAAUCGGAAAUUCCAGAAAAUAAAAAUUUGGAUGUUAUGGAAAAUUCAAUGGAAGAAUCAGAAAUUCUGGAAAACUCGUCUUCAGAUUUGGAAAUUUUAGAAAAAUCAUCAGAAGAACUGGAAAAUCUCGAAAAUUUGCCUGAUCAAUUAGAAAAUUCAGAAAAUUCCCCCAAGGAUUUGGAAAUUGCUGAAAUUAUAUCUGAAGAUUUGGAAAUUUCUGAAGAAUUGAAAAUUCUGGAAGAUUUGGAAAUUCCAAAAGAUUCAUCCGUAGAAAUUUCGGACGUUUUGGAUGAGGCCGCGCAAUGCAUCUCUCGCAUAAUGGACGAAAUAAUUAAAUUGGAGGCCGUCGCAACUUCCUCUCAUUUGAUUGAGCUUGCGGCCGCAGGUGUAGAGGGCGACAGUCAAGCGGCAGCGGCGCGUGACCUCGUUCCGGCACCUGAGUGCGAGCCAGGUGGCUCGGCAGAGGGCGCUGGCGGCGCAGCGGUGCCCGAGUCGGCGGAGGACGCGGCCAGUUGUGGCAGCGGAGGCGGCGGCUUCACAAGUUACGUGAUGAUCACGCAGCAGGGCAAGCCGACGUGCCCCGAACAGGGCGAGCCGGACCCCGACGAAGACGCGGACCCCAAGGUGAACGUGAGUGUGCACAACGAGAAGAUUAAAAUCAACCACACCACGCAGGAGGAGGAAGACGCGGGCGGCUUCAUCACCCUGCACCUGCAGAAUGAGGUGCAGAUCGUCAGCAACGACAAAACUAUGUCACAGGUGUGUCUAGAAGAAGGGUUGGCUGACGACGAUUCGUGGGUGGAAGAGGCGAGCGAGAGUUCCUCAAUGGGCGAAGCAUCCCUCGAGAUCGAGGAGGAAGUGGAAGUGUAUCAAGACCGCGAGGAGGAACUGCGCGGCUACCAUCGGGCCAUCGACUUCACGCUGCACACUAUUCUGGAAGAGAGCUGCGAGGAGUCGGACGUCGAUGAAGAGGAACGCGGCAAGCGGAAAAAGAAGGAGAAGGAACGCGAGAGCAGGUCUGAGCUGGAAAAGUACUUCAUUUAUGGUAUAACCGGACAGCUGGAGGAUCGCGAGGAUGACGACUCAGACGAUCAGGAAGAACCCUCGCCCCUAGAAAAGUACUUCCUCUCCUCCUUUCAACAAGACUCAGACACCGACGAAAGUGGUAGUGUUGGUUCCGACAGUGAAGGGCGUCCCAGUCCGGAGCAGCGGCGCAAGCGUUUGGUUAGAGCCAGAGGCACGAUGCGCCACUCUUUGGAAAGAGACGACGCGUCUGAAGUGUUUGAAGUCAACGACGACUCGACUGAAACCGAUUCGUGUGAAAAUGGUGGCAAGCGUUCUAAAAAGAAAAAGCACCGUCCCAUGGUGUAUCACCACGAAGACAACGCUGCCGGAGGAGUGGACAUGGACGAGCCGGAAGAUGGUGCCAAGACGCCGCAGCCAGAGCUGCCACCUGAACCUCCCCAACCGACCAGGAAACACCACAGUAGAGAUUCAGGAUUCAUUGGCAGUUGUGACGACCUGCUUAAGACUGGACCGUCUGGGAGCAGCAGUUCCAGCAACGAAGAGCAGCCUGCAGAGUUGAAGACGCCAAUAGUGUCUCCAGUUCCAAGUCCAGUGUUGCCAGAAGUUCCUCCAUUGGUGCCAGGUCCACCCAGGGCCAACAAUAGUUUGGCCAGGAAGGAUAGUUUCAACAACUGGAGUUCAGACGAAGAGACUAAUUUGAUGAUGUCUAAAAUGAGAGCUUUGUUCAAGACGAUGGUCAACGGCGGAAAAAGCAGCGCCCCUCCUGCAGUGGUGGCCAACGGGCCACCCAACAAUAAUAACAAUGCCAAGAGUGCUGAGUCUCCGAGAAAACCACCGCAGCUGGUGUACUUUGAGAGUGAGUUGACGAGGUUGAUGAAGACUGUGCCUGGCAUCAAGGAUGAGCAGGUGAAGGAGAUUGUUGAGUACCUGAGUUCCGAGGACACUUGGUCUGAUUCCUAUGACUCCUCCGACUACACCAGCAGUGACCUGGAAGGACCCCGAAGUGAACUUCAACAGCAGAUUUCCGCCAGUUGUCAGGAAAUCAUCCAGAACUUUGAUCCAAUGCAGGAAGAAGAGAAGGUGGAGCCCUCUGGUGAUGGACUGGUGUACCAACGCCUGGUCAAAUCGCUAAGCAAGAUGUCCUCCGAAUCUCCGAACAACAAUUCACCACCCCUGAUGGCCAAGGUCAUGCAUCACAUCGGCAGCCGCCUGGUUGCCCUGAUGCACGAGGUGAGUGCCGCGAGUGAUCUUCAGGAGGCCCCUCCCAGUCCCAAGCCCCGCUUCCGAAAAUUGCACCGGCAACAGUUUUCCCCCGCCUCCUCCAGCCUGGACGAGUCUGACAGUCCAGGUGGCUCAGACACUGAAAGUCGUGUCCGUCGCCAUCCCAGUCUUCCUCGCUCCAAGUCACACGACCUUGGGCAGUGGGAGCACCUUUUGCAGGAACGGGGCGUUCCUCGGGAGUCUCUCCGGUCCUCUAGUUCUGGAGUAUCCGACCUUGAACGCGAGGACUACGAACGGUUCAGCUGGAGAGGAAGUUUCGAGUCGGCCCUGGCUGCCGAUUCCCGAAGCAAACUAUCCUUUGAAGCCAAGAGAAGAUCGACGGGGUCAGGGUCAGCAAGUGACCUCUUCUCAAGCAACGACCAACUAGACAACCGGGGUCGCGUUCGAAGCUGCGGUUCGAUCGGCAGCAGGGCGUCCUUACCUGGAAGGGGUGGCGCUCGCCUCUCCUCCAGCGGCGGUGACCUUUUGACCGCGGCCGAGUCGGAGUUGUUGGACGCCCGGAGAAGGGGAAGCGUUCCGGACGCUACUCCUCGCUCCACCACCCUCCCCCGGUCAAGCCCUGCCGCCAGCGCCAGCACAAACUCCCUCCCGAGACUGCCCCUGAGCGCGAGUCCCGUCGUCGCCGCCAUCCACAAGUCGUACAGCGCCCAAUUGCACGCCCAGCAACACUCGCCCGUCCACCACACGCACCACCACCACUUCCUGCAGAACGUCAAGUCGGCGCGCUACAGACCGCCCAACUUCCGACCGCCUCCGCUAGGCCCGCCGAAGAGGACAGUUUCUGCGCCAGGGUUGCACCACGCCACACGACGAAACGAGAGGAGGAGCCGACCACUGUCAGGGGAUGACUUGGAGGAUGUGGGCUCCCUGAGCAACUGCAGCACCCCGCAAGGUGGCACCCCUCAGGGCACCCUUCAGUCCAAAUCCAAGUCGACGCCCUCGUCCGAGUGGCCCGGCAACAAUGAGGAGGACGUGGACUGCUUGGUCGCGAUGCACCACCAGAGGAGCACAGCCGCCCUCGGGGUUCGAAGUGACUCUAUGGCCAGCGUGUACUCCGGCGCUGGUGACGGCAGGUAUGGAACUGUAGCGGUUCGAGGUGAAGUCGAAUUCGGCAUGCAGUACAACUACAAGGCUGGUGCACUUGAGAUUCUGGUCAAGCAGUGUCGCGACCUGGCCCCUGUUGACGCCAAACGAAGCAGAUCUGAUCCGUAUGUGAAGGUUUACCUGCUACCGGACAAGUCCAAGAGUGGAAAAAGAAAAACUAAAGUCAAGAAGCACACACUCAACCCCAUCUUUGAAGAAACCCUUAAGUUCCAACUGACUCUGCAAGGUUUGGAAACGAGAACCCUGUGGCUGACUGUCUGGCACAGUGACAUGUUUGGUAGAAACGAUUUCCUAGGCGAAGUCAUGAUGUCCCUCGAAAAUGUGGUCUUUGACGACCCAACCCCCAAGUGGUAUCCCCUGCAAGAGCGGACCGAGCCAUUUGAAGAAUUGAUCUCGUACAAGGGUGAUAUCAUUGUCGGGCUGAAAUUUGUGCCUCCCGAGGUGUCGUCGAUGGGCAAUGGCAAGAAGAAAAACAAACAGCCCAAAGGUUCUCUGCACGUCCUGGUCAAAGAAGCCAAAAACCUCACCGCAGUCAAGACGAGUGGCACGUCGGACCCCUUUUGCAAAAGCUAUUUGUUGCCUGAGAAAGGCAGGGGAAGCAAACAGAAGACCAGCGUGGCUCGACGUUCGUGCAAUCCUGCCUGGAAUCACACCUUCGUCUACGAAGAUGUCACUCUGCAGGAAUUGGCCGAGCGCUCCCUCGAACUCACUGUCUGGGACCACGACCGGCUUGCCAGCAACGAAUUCCUUGGAGGGCUCAGGUUCAACCUUGGAUCAGGCAAGCACUUUGGAAAGAGUGUGGACUGGAUGGACGCUAGUGGCAAGGAGAUGUCCCUCUGGCAGUUGAUGCUGGAGCGCCCCAAUUUCUGGGUCGAAGGGUCGCUAUCCCUGAGACCAACCCUGGACAUUCGCCACAACACUUCAUGUGCCAGUUCGAUAGCCACUAGUGAUAGUUAAAUCAAUUUCCCUCCAGUUUCAAGCACGAAUUAAGUUUUGUCUCCGCAGGCUGGAGACAAGUUCGCUUACUCAGAACUGGCCGAGUUGUUUGAAUUUCCCCGUCUCUCACACACACUUUUUCAAUAAAGUAGUGUUCGCGAAAACGAGAUAGUCUUUCUCCAACUUGAUUUUUUAUAAUGGUGUGCGCAACUCAAGAAAUUUUCCUCUUGUCAACUUUUUUUGUAAAUAUAUAAAAUGUCAAUUUUUUUAACGAAACUUUAAACUAAAAACCAGCCAUCUGCUUUCUUUUUUCCAUGUGAAGCAGCAGGGUAUUAUAUAAAUUUAAAUCUAUCGAAACUGAUAUUUUUUAUGAUAAACAGCAGUGCUCUGUUAUUGUGUAACUUAGACUGAACUCUAUGGCAAGAAGCAAAGAUGAAGAAAACAAUGUGCCUCUGCUGUACGUUAUAAAGAAUUGAUUGAACUUAUAUACUUUGUGCUAUUGAUGAAUAAAAAUUUUAAUAUAAAUAU